UGGGGAUCCAUAUAAAGAGCAGAGUCUCUAGCAGGGUGACAGAACAACAGGACACAGCCAGUUAGCUCAUCACCAGCAGGGACUCACACAGGAAAACAGAGACUAAGCAGGAUGACCAUGCGUGGAGUGGUGACGGGCUGUGUGGUGCUGGUGUGUCUGGUGGCCAUGCUGGGUGAACGGGCAGAGGGACACUUCUCCUUCUUCAGCCCCAAAGAGAUGAGGGAGAUGAAGGCCCUACAGGAUAAGUUGGGGAGGAAGUACAUGGAGCCUCGGUCAGAGGAUGGACAGUUUCAGGAUGUCACCAUCCAACAGCUUCCUGAGGACGAUGGUGGAACUCCUGGGAAGACAGUGGAGAUAAGUGUUCGACUGACAGCCAAACAGCUGGAGCAUGUGGCCCCCGUGCUGGAAGAGAUCAUCCAUGAAAUGGUGGAGCAGGCAGAGGAGAAAGCCAAAUGAGGAGACAGAAGACCACAGGAGACAUCAAAGGUGCCAAUAUACUAUAAUUGACCAGGAAUACAUGCACAGAUAGUUUGUGUCAAUGAUAUGAAUAAAGGGAAACAAUCAUUUCAACAUUA